AUGUUUCGUGGAUCGUCGUUUCUCAUAGUAAGAUCGUUAGAUCUACCACGUAGAGAAGCCGAAGACUUGCAAAAUAAACUAAAGGAACAGGAGGCAGCCAAAGUUUAUAUUAAAGAUGAUUUUGACAACUCACUCAAUUUUCUUGAUCCACCUUUGGUGACACAUAUUGUGGCAACUACAGUAGAAUUUAUUGAAUAUGCACAAGCACAGAAAUCCAUGAUCCCCGUCACUAAUCCAGAUUGGGUUUAUGACUCCCUCGCCGAUUGCAAACUACUACCCCUCAAAACCUACAAUCCAGAUCCGGCAUUAUUUCUCAAAAAUUGUUCUGUUUGUUGUGCAGACAACUUACCUGAGGGAGAUAAGGAACUUAUCUAUGCAGCAGUCAAGGUAUUUGGUGGCAACUAUGUUGAUGUCUUGACCAAGUAUACAACCCAUUUGAUUGCGAUGGACAUGACAAAUGAGAAAUCAAUGUUAGCUGGAAGCAUAUUAGCCAACAAGUUAUCGGAUGAUCCAAUUGUGAAUAUCAAGAUCGUGUACCCACAUUGGCUAGAUCACUGUAUCACCAUGGGUCAAAAAGUAGACGAGACAAAAUACCUCAUACCCGAUAAUAAUAAUAAUAAUAAUAAUAAUAAUAAUAAUAAUAAUAAUAAUAACUACAGCAACAACAAUAAUAACACUGACCUGCUGGAUUUGAGAAAUGCAAAGGUUAGAUGUGAAGAGUUGGAUCUCAUGCUUGAUGAUUCGCUACCUCAAAUUGAUGAUGCCACAGUGACUAACUUGCCCAUUGACUAUUUUCAGAACAAAAGAAUAUACGUAAGCUCAGAUUUCAAUUUGUCACAGCGGUUGUCUAAUUCAGUAAGGGCUUUGAUUGAAAAAUAUGGUGGAAUUGUGGCAAACACUUUUGACGAAGCAGACAGUAUUGAUGUAUACUUGGGUCGAUAUCGACAAAGCGAUGCCUAUUACAAAGCAUGUCAAAGCAAUAGAAUCAUUGUUGGUAAUUUGCAAUGGUUUUACUCGAUUAUACUCAAGAAGAAAUGGAUACUCCCCUUGAAUUCAAACAUUCUAUACUAUCCUGUACCAGCAAAACCACUCAAGGCAUUUAAAGAUCUUAGUAUAUCUAUUACAAACUAUUGUGGUGAUUCAAGGAAUUAUUUAAUUAAAUUGAUCGAGUAUUUGGGUGCAACAUUCACUAAAACAUUGACAAAAGAUAACGAUUUUUUGAUAUGUGCCAAGGCCACGGGUAGGAAAUAUGAAGGGUGUUCUAAUUGGCUCAAUUCAUGGGGAGAACCUGAAGUGAAUAUCGUCAACCAUUUGUGGUUAGAGGACUGUUUUAUCCAAUGGCAGAAAUUGGAUUAUAAGGAUCUAAAAUAUACGAAUUUUGGAGGUGAAGUGGGUAUGGAACCUUUAAUUGGAAGAGUUUGUCUCGACAAAAAGCUAAUUGACAAGCAAAAUAGUAUUUUUGUAAAGUUCACUGGCAAUAGUCAUGAACUUGAUAAAGAGGAGAAUGAAGCCGGCGAUAUUGCUGAUAGUAUGAGUGAAGAUGAAAGCACACAAGUGAAAAGUCCGGUGAAGCGAAGUUUACCCAAUGCUCCUUUUGUUCCAUCUGCUCCUUUGGUUAUGUCAAGCGUAAACACAUUGAACAAGAACGAAACUUCACUCGUUGUAAAAGAAAAGCAAGCGCUGGAAAAUCAAAAUCAAAAUCAAAAUCAAAAUCAAAAUCAAAAUCAAAAGGGAAACGUAAUUACUAUUGUCUCUCCGGUAGUGAGUAAUAAAGCCGAUCCAAAUGAAAUCAAAACUGCCAUUGAUCUGGUUUCACCGACGACGCCAAAAAAUAAUGAAAACAGUCUGGGCGGAAUUAAAGUCGACGACCGAAAUGCAGAAGCAAUGGGACAUCAUAGGUACGGAGGGCGCUCGGCUGCCAAAAAAGCUGCUGCUAAAUUACAUGAUAAUAUGAGUGAUCUUAACGCAUAUCAAGCAAUGUCAAAGAGUAGUAGGAAGAUGAAGCAUUAUAUGGAAGAGUUGGAAAAUGCCGCAACAAAGAGGAAAAAACCACUUGCCGAAGCUGGUAAUGAAGAAGAAGAAGAUGAUGAUGAUGAUGAUAAUGAUAAUGAUAAUGAAAAGGAUAAGGAUAAGGAUAAAAAAGAGGAUAAGGAUAAAGAUGCUAACAGAAGUAGAAAGAAAAAGAAACAAGAAGAAGAUAUAUUGGAAAUGAAAGAGCACAAGAGACAAAGAACCAACGAGUGUGACAUAGUAGCUAUCUUGACUGGUUGUGAACUGCAAAUCAAUUUGACAAAAAAUGAUUGCGCAAAACUUCAGACUGUGGGAAUCAAGAUUGUUUCUGACUUGACACGCACCAAACCAAAUACGUUAAUUGCUCCAAAAAUCUUGAGAACCGAAAAGUUUUUGCGAAGUUUGAGUACAGUGGACAAAAUCAUACAUCCUUCAUUCAUUGUUGAUGUUUUGGCAAAUAUUGAAAACACUGAUAAUGUGCGAUUGCGAUACAAUGUUGAUGACUAUCCCUUGGAUCGAAUCAAUAAGGAAACUAGAGCCGAAUUGGGUGUAAAAAGUUUGAAAUCUUUGCUUAGCAAAACAAACAUUCGGGGCCAUUUGUUCUCCAACAUGACUUUAAACUUGAGUAGUGAACUUAAUGGUGGUAUCAAUGUGAUUUCGGGAAUUCUAAAAGAUCACGGCUUAAAAGAAUUCAAAGAGAUUAAACCUGCCACUCAGUUUAGCAAGAAAAAGAAUACUGUUUUAUCAUGCGAAUUCAAUGGUAGUACUACUUCAAUUUUGAUUGCAAAUAAAAACAAGGAUUCAAAACUCAUUACAAAUUUCAAAAAAUCAGUUAGUAAUGGUAUGGUGGUAAGUUGGGAUUGGUGCGUUAGAUCGAUUUUCACAAUGGAGCUUCAAGAUAUAAAAGAAUUUGAAUUAUGA